CUUCUGCAUAGCGCAAGUCGAGGCACGUGCGGCACCCGCUGCCCGGGGCUAACGAGAGAGAGAGAGAGAGAGAGAGAGAGAGAGAACCAGAACCCAGACAUUCACACCUCCCUCACGGAGGAUCUUCUGCGUUACCGAACCCCGGCUUCACUGUACUACGGAUCCGGUCCUUGCACGUGCGCGUAGGACCGACACCGAAUAAGAACAUCCCGGUGCGCGCGCGUCCUCAUCACCGUUAACACGCGAAGGGGAUUAGGAGGGGGGCGUAAAGUUUUCCAGAGAGAGAGAGAGAGAGAGAGAGAGAGAGACGAGGGGAGCAAGUUUCUGUCUUGAGAAAAAUGAGGAGAGUUUGAGGCUCUCGUGUACUUCUUUUUUUUUUUUUUUUAAUUCACCCUCACCGGCCGCCACCGAGCUCCGGCUCGCGCUCCCGGUCUCCUCUGGCGCGCGAUUCCGCUUUCACCCAGGACUCUGCUGCUCGGACAAAUGCAUACAAAUGCAUUUAGGAGCCCAACGGACAAGGGGCGGCCGCGUUGCACAAACGAGAGCCCUCCUUCUGCUCCUGUCAGUAUGUUUCACUACACUAUCUGCAGAAGAACAUUCACAAACUCAAGGUGUAGAUCUUAUUCUCCAGCUGGGCCUGUCCAGCCGCAGAGAUGUCACCCACUCCUCUUGGAUGAUGACCUCACCCCCGCUUAUUUCUUCCCUCCCAUCUCUCACUAUCCUUCCCCCUGGGGUUGGGGUGACUCUGGACCGUGAUGCCAUGAUUGAAGCCCCUGUAGUGAGUGUCCUUCCUGCAGGCGUGGGGAAGGAGUUUUCCCUGAUAGUGAGCCUCAACGCCAAGCAUGCCACCAAUGCCUUCCUGUUCAGUGUGCGGGAUGGAAUGGACCGGCUCCAGUUUGGUUUGCAGCUUCUGCCCAAUCGGGUGGUGGUGUACACAGGUGACAAGGCAUCCAUCUACUUCAGCUAUGAAGUGCAGGACGGACGGUGGCACUCGUUUGCUCUGGCAGUGCGUCCACGCUCUGUGUCCUUUUUUGCCCAAUGUGGGGGGCUACACUACAGUGAAGAGACACUGACCAGGCCACGAAUGGUGGUCUCAAAUGGCCGGGUGGCCAUCGGAAGGAUAAGCUCCAGGGCGGCACAGUUUGAAGGCUCUCUAUGCCAGCUGGAGAUAUAUCCAUCAGCGCAGGUCGCAGCACAUUACUGUGACUAUGUUAAAAAAAACUGCAGACUGGCAGACACUUUCCGAUCUCCAUUCCCUUCAACAUCACCUUCCCUAACGUCUUCUGUGACCUCACCUACUCCUUCUGAAAAAGGCACGCGAAACCCAGCCAACUCCACACUCAGGAAGUCUAUGGACAAAAUUAGCCCUACAACUGCAUCCUUUUGGAAUACACUGAGAUCAAGUACCACUCGGACUAUUAGUCCAUCUCCGAGCCCUUUCAGGCCAACGCACUCCCCAGAUCUUAGAACUACAACGAGCACCCCUCCAAGUGAAGGUAGACCCUAUGAGGAGAACAACACUGAGGAUCAGCAGCUGCUUGGAAGACCCCGUGCCACUCGGGCCACUCCAAACGUGACCUCUCACCACAGGAAGAACCAUCUGAGUAACGACAAUGGCUCCCAACUUCCAGAUCUCUCAGAGCCUCAAAUGAAGCUGAACGGUACGACCUUAUACAGGCAGCAAGGGUACAACAACCAGCUGGAACGCCUUGAGGAAUAUGGUGAGGAACGGACAUACGACUCAGGGGUAUACGGAUACGACUAUGGAUUUGAGGAUGGAGACUAUUUUUUAGACUAUGAUGGUUUUGAAGGUCUGAAAGGGGAUCCAGGCCCUCCGGGUUCCCCCGGUCCCCCCGGUCUCCCUGGGCCAGCUGGAAAGAGAGGACCACGGGGUCCUCCUGGUCCUCAUGGGAUUCCCGGCCCUCCUGGUUUACCUGGCCCCAAGGGUGCAAAAGGAGACCCCGGGCUGUCCCCAGGUCAGGCGACGAAAGGAGAACAGGGUGAGAGAGGACCACCUGGACUACCAGGCCCCAAGGGGUUUCCAGGUCCAGAGGGUCCCAAAGGCUAUCCAGGACCACCGGGUCAGCCAGGAGAACAGGGUUUGCCAGGAUUGCCGGGCAUGGUCGGGGCGGCAGGUUACCCUGGCAGGCAGGGACUGGCAGGCCCAGAGGGAAACCCAGGCUCUAAAGGUGUCAAUGGUUUUAUCGGACCACCAGGAGCACCAGGAGCACCGGGCAUACAGGGAGAAAGAGGGAUACCAGGACCUGUGGGGAAGAACGGACCCAAAGGAAGACAGGGCGUGAUUGGAGACGUUGGGGAAAGGGGUCCUCCUGGGCCUGACGGGAAUCAGGGACCUGUUGGAGCAACCGGCACCGGUGGCUUCCCGGGCCUCAGAGGCAACCCUGGGCCUGAGGGACUUCGUGGACUACCUGGCAUUGUUGGACAUCAGGGCCUGCCUGGAGGCGUUGGACCACCUGGAUUGAAAGGUGAUAAGGGAGAACCUGGAUUACGUGGGGAACCAGGAGACUAUGGCUACCAGGGUGACAAGGGGGCUGCAGGUAUUCUUGGACCACCAGGCCCACGUGGAAAACCCGGACCAAUGGGGAAAACAGGUGACCUAGGUGCCCCAGGACCACCGGGGCCUCCUGGACCUGAGGGAUUUCCUGGAGACAUCGGGGUUCCUGGUCCCAACGGUCCUCCAGGCCCAAAGGGUGUUCAGGGAGCGAGGGGACCUCCAGGGCCUUUGGGGCCAAAGGGAACAGAGGGAGAUGAAGGCCCUUUGGGUCCACCUGGCAGUCCUGGCCCCACUGGCAGACAAGGAAGGAAAGGUUAUAUUGGUGAGCCAGGACCUGAAGGACCAAAGGGUGAAGUCGGUGACCAGGGAAACGUCGGCAAGAGCGGCCCUCCAGGAGAAGAAGGACUUCCAGGAAUUCCAGGCGUGGCUGGCCCACCUGGGGAAAAAGGAGAUCGUGGUCCAGCAGGGCCUUUGGGUCCCCCAGGAGAGAAGGGUUCAAUGGGCUAUCCAGGUUUGCCAGGAGGUCCUGGAGAUGUUGGCCCACAAGGCCCACCAGGUCUGACGGGUCCAAGGGGUACUCCAGGUAUUCCUGGGACAAAAGGAAGGAGGGGGCCAAGAGGAGCCGAUGGACCACCCGGAGAGCCAGGUCCAGAGGGCAUCAAGGGAGAAAAGGGCGGCCCAGGCCUGAAAGGAGCUACGGGGUUUGUUGGCAAAGCGGGAAGUCCAGGGAAACGAGGCUCUCCAGGGCCACCGGGUGUUGCAGGUCCACCUGGAAGUUCUGGUGAAAGAGGACCUCAUGGUGAACCUGGACCUAAAGGGCCACCGGGGGAACCGGGAGCAGACGGAGAGCAAGGACCUGAGGGGCCUCCAGGACCUGAAGGUGAACAGGGACCUGCUGGAGAACCUGGAUCCAAGGGUGAAAUCGGACCUGCGGGUACUGAAGGAGAGCAAGGGCAAGAAGGCGUAAGGGGGCCUCCAGGUCCAGCAGGAGAAGAUGGACCUCAAGGAAAGGAUGGGCCAAAGGGUGAACAAGGUGACCACGGUGCUAUGGGAGAGCCCGGUGAAAGGAGCGAGGUCGGUGACCCCGGACCUCCAGGACCUCCUGGAGAUGCCGGCAUAAAAGGAUUCCCGGGACCAGAAGGAAAACAAGGAUCACCAGGCAAACGUGGACGUCAUGGAAAGAAGGGCGACCACGGUCUGGCGGGACAGCCGGGUGAGAUGGGUUCCGCAGGCGAAACUGGACACGAAGGAGAGCGAGGACUAAAAGGAGCUCGUGGAACCAGAGGACCACCGGGUCAAGCCGGAGUUAUGGGACCGCAGGGGGAACCAGGAAUGGAAGGGUACACAGGUCAUGCUGGCAAGCCUGGUCCACCUGGCCCCCCAGGACCUAAAGGUGAAAAGGGUUAUCCAGGAGAGGACAGUAAGACUCCAGGACUGCCGGGGCCCUUAGGUGAACCAGGUCCUCCAGGUGAGAGAGGUGACCGAGGAGACCCAGGAGACAACGGAUAUCAGGGUCACGUUGGGGUCACCGGUGCUCGAGGGUCAGUGGGACAGCAGGGAGCGCCAGGAUUACCUGGACUGUCUGGAGAAACAGGACCUAAAGGAGAUAAAGGAACUCAGGGACUACCAGGAAAGAAUGGUGCUCAGGGUCAGACGGGUUCUCCUGGUCCAGAGGGACCUGUAGGUUUGCCAGGGCCCAAGGGGAUGAUGGGAUAUCCAGGACCUGAUGGUCUUCCAGGCUUGCCCGGGCUACCAGGACUGCCUGGUUUGAUUGGUCAAACAGGUCAGCAUGGCACGUCAGGCAUCGAGGGGAGUGCGGGACUUCCUGGACCGCGUGGUGAGGUCGGGCUGCCUGGUCCGAUUGGAGACAGAGGAGAGCCUGGAAUACAGGGAGAGAGGGGUUUGCCAGGUGACAGGGGGCCAGCAGGUGCUAAGGGCUUGCAGGGUGCCCCCGGAGACCAGGGCAGAAAAGGCGAUCCUGGGGUCAAAGGACAACUGGGGGAAGUUGGAGACCCAGGCAUAUUAGGAUUUCAGGGUUUCCCAGGACCGAAGGGUCCGAGUGGAGAUUUAGGCUUUGCUGGAGUUCCAGGACCCAAAGGACCGCUGGGUACACUGGGUUUCACAGGUCCUGUUGGUCCAGUCGGGAUGAUCGGCCCGGUCGGAAGACCUGGUCUGCAGGGUCCUAAAGGAGGAGCAGGCGAGAUGGGACCCCAGGGGCCACGCGGCACUCCAGGACCAAGGGGUCCUCCAGGUGCUCCAGGACCACCGAGACGCGUGGGAGCCAUGACGACCGCCAUGGAAUACGACACACCGGUGCGUGAGGGCUACCAGAACGCCGAGGCAUCCGUGUCCGUGCAGAACGCCGAGGUCCUCAGGACUCUGCACUACCUGAGCGCCAUUGUCUCUGACAUCAGGACCCCGGCAGGCACCCGGGAAAACCCCGCCCGCUUCUGCAAAGACCUGCUGGACUGCAAACCCAAGAUGGCCGACGGAAUGUUCUGGAUCGACCCGAACCUCGGCUGCUCGUCUGACGCCAUCCAGGUGUUCUGUAACUUCACAGCUGGAGGCCAGACUUGCCUUAUCCCCCUCGCUACAGAUAAGGUGGCGCUUGGGGUCAGUAAGGUUCAGAUGAAGUUUCUGCACUUGCUCAGCGUUGAAGCCACUCAGUCCAUCUCGCUCCACUGCUACAGUGAGCCAGAUACCACCUCCUCCUCCUCCUCCUCCAUCACCUCCUCCAUCUUCUCCUCCAUCACCACCUCCUCCACCCAGACGCCUGGUAAUGUGCGCUUCUAUGGUUGGAACGGCCAGGUGCUCGAGAGGAGCUCCGUACCACAUCACGUGCUUCAGGACAACUGUGGGGUACGUGACGGCCAAUGGCACCACUCUCGGUUCCUGCUGCACACUCAGGACCCGACGCUGCUCCCUGUGGUGGACGUGCAGGGUUUCCCGCCCCGGAGCACAGGGCCUGAGCAGCGCCACCUGGAGGUCGGACAUGUCUGCUUCCUGUGAGCCACUUCCUCCUCCUCUCACCUGUGAAACAACUGAAGGACUCUUGUUUCAAGAUAGCUGCCUGCAAAGCUAAAGAGCGCUGUGCUGCCGCCAUGCCGCCGUAGCUUCCCACAGGUCCUAAUGCCUGACCUGUACAGGGAACACGCCCUGUUUAAACUAAAGAAGAAUGCUAGUUGGAACAACGCAGCCCGCUCCCGUCAAGUGUGGGGUUUUUUUUUGUCUGUUUGUUUGUUUUGUCUGUCGAAUAUGGUGCUGGAGUUAACCAGGUCCACAGACUGGGUUUUCAGAGCUGUUUUUGUUUAAAAGUGAGCUACUCAAAUGUGCUGAUCUUUGGAGGUUUUGAAGAAAUAAUCCAAUCCAGAAUCUAAUAAAUAAGUAGAGAAUUCAAAACAAAAAUGCUCAGUUGUGGUAUGAACGAUCUGUAUCAAGUGUACAAACACGAUCAGGUCCAGUUUAAGCAAAAAAAAACAAAAAAAAACCCCAAACAAAAACAAAAAAAACCCCAUUGUUUCCCUGUGAAGAACUUCUGAGACAUUGAUUCAGGAUCAGGUGCUGAUAAUCAGUUGUCCAAAACACAAUGUUAUGUAACACGUACAAUAUUGUUAUUACAGAGGCACAUUUCAUUGUAUUUACGUCAUAAAUACUGUAAGAUUUUUUGGCAACAAAUUAAGCAUGAUCAACAGUGAUAUGGGCGAGUUUAACUAAAGGUAGCUAAAGUUAGCUAACUAGCUAAUGUUAGAUAUUAGCUUUCAAUGACCAAUUCCUCCUUACCUUGUGUAGCUGAUCGGGGGAGACGUGUUUGCCAAGUGCAGUAAAACUGUCCCUAAAGAGUUAUAAAUAACUGCGAUUCCCAAACUGAGCAAAAUAAUCCUGAGUAGCGGUUUAGCUGCUAUUGUACAGCCCUGACUAUUUAGCAUGAACCCUUCUAAAUAUCAUUUUGUUCGGCCAUAAAAAAUUUGGACAAGUUUCGUAUUAAGGAAGGUGAAGACAAUCCCAUAAUUCACUUCAGAUUAAAAGUGCCGUUUCAUUGCAGGUUCUCUUCAUUUUGAAAAUAUAAAUAUAAAUCUUCACUUACAUACUUAUUAAACAAAGCACUCAAACUUGAGAAUAAUAUCUAUCAAUAAAAAAACAGCGUCGCAAUAAGUUCAGCCAUCUUGGAAUUGGACUGUGUUCGUAAAUUUUUAGCAGGACAACAUUCUAGGACUACGUUCGUGCAGACUAGGACUCAAUAUAUAGGAUUUAAAAGUCAUAAGAAGUCUGUUGCUAGGCAACAGAAUUAUACGACCGAGAAAUAAGCAAAAGCUUGCUAAUGACCCGGGCUAGAAAUUCAGUAUGAAGGCAUUACGUUUUUUAUUUGGACAACGUACUGUAAACACACUGUGACCAUGGAAACAAGAUAAACUGAUUCGGAAUAUCAAUAUUUUCUAUGUGAUUAGCAAGCAGGUUAUUAGCUAGCUAAUUAGCUAGCUACAGUACUGAAAGUUAAGACUAUUGUGAUCAGGCUGUUUCUGAAUCUUUGGGGGAUCUAAGUGACAUCCUACGUAUCUUUUAUUUAAAACCCCUUUAUUCAGACAGGGCCCUCUAAUGGCUCGGAGGCCCUAUGCGACUUAUAUUUGUCAUUUGCUUUCUGAACGAACGUAUAAACUCUCCUAUAAUAUAUAAUAAACUCUCCCCAUUUGAGAUACUUUUCUAAAUAUACUAGCAUUAAGAAACACACUUUACAUUAACAGGUUAAAUCACAUGCUAACACUUGUUGUAGCCCAGUGAAGGGUUUGUUGAUGAUCAGAUGAGUUGAAUCAGGAGUGCAUUGGGACUAAAAGAGCAGGAUCGGCGAGGAAACGACGCACUUACCCUGUGCCAUGAGUGCAAUAGCUUGUGGAUGGAACGUGAGAGAUCAAGAAUUGUUUUUUGUUGCGUGUACAAACUGAACCGAAGCCAAGUUAGACAGACGGCACCUACCUCCUUCCCGCAUCUCCUUCCAAGAUGGCCGCUCACGAUGCCUUGGUGUUUGUUGUACGUACCGGCUGCGUCAAGACCCUUAAAGAGUACUUUGUUUGAAAUACUGUCAUUGCAUUAUAAUAUAAUUUAUAUGAAUACGUUUGAUGUUGACGUGAUCUGUUUUAUAGGCUUUAUUCACGUUUUUUAUUUUUCAACAAAAGAAGGUCACCCUUACAGAAAAGUCAUCCUGCAUUUCAUGAAGCAAAGAGUUUCAGUGUAAUUAAAUAUACUGUACAUAUUGUACAGUACAAGUACACGUGUAUGUAUGUGUGUGUGUGUGUGUGUGUGUGUGUGUGUGUGUGUGUGUGUGUGUGUGUGUGUGUGAGUGUGAGAUAUAACCUGCUUAUAUGAAGGGCAUGGGACUUCUCUGUAAGGGUUCGACACCUUCUCUAUGGUGCUGCGCUCGACACAGCUAGUUAAUCAGUCACUUUUUUUGCCUGUGUAUAUUUUGACAAUAUAAUGUUGGUUUAUUUAUGUUCUCUUUUUUCUUCGUAAAAUUGCUGUACUCCAGUAAAUGAUAAUAUCUUAGCCAGAUCUCUGACAAAUUAAGCAUUUAGUCCUAAUGAUUAUUUAUAUAAAGUUUGUAUUUGUAUAUGUAUAUACACACACAUAAACACACACACACACACACACACACACAAAGUGGCUCAUUGUUUGGCGAUGUACUGUCACAUUCUGGCAGCUAAAACAGGCCAGAUUCACAUACAUCACACAUGUUUAACUUAUAUUAGCACACAUCAACUCCAACAUUCAACCUGUAGAACAACAAAAUGUAAAUAUUAGAUAUGUUUGAUAUCAAAUAAACUGGUUUUAUUCCCAA